AUGGUUAUGAACGAUAACGGCAUGGCCACUACCACUCUCUCUAAUGGCAAUGAUGGCCCCUCCGCCACCACCUUCACCGUCAAAGCCGGUCUCGCUCAAAUGCUCAAGGGCGGCGUCAUCAUGGAUGUCGUCAACGCCGAGCAAGCUCGCAUCGCCGAAGAAGCCGGUGCCUGCGCCGUCAUGGCCCUCGAACGAGUUCCUGCCGACAUCCGCAAGGACGGUGGCGUUGCUCGCAUGUCGGACCCCAAGUUGAUCAAAGAGAUUCAAUCCGCUGUCACCAUCCCCGUCAUGGCCAAGGCAAGAAUAGGACACUUCGUCGAAUGCCAAAUACUCGAGGCACUGGGAGUUGAUUAUGUGGACGAGAGCGAGGUCUUGACUCCUGCGGACGAUAAAUUCCACGUCGAGAAGGCUGAUUUCAAGGUACCCUUCGUCUGCGGGUGCCGAAAUCUUGGUGAAGCCCUACGAAGAAUCGCUGAGGGUGCAGCCAUGAUCCGAACCAAGGGCGAGGCUGGUACUGGCGAUGUCGUUGAGGCCGUCAAGCACAUGCGCACAGUUAAGCUUGACAUUGCCCGUGCUCAAGGAGCCCUCCGGGAAGGUGAGGGUGCUCUUCGCGCUCUGGCUCGCGAGUUCGAGGUCGAUCCCAACCUUCUGAAGCAGACGGCCGAGCUGGGUAGACUACCCGUUGUCAACUUCGCUGCUGGCGGUAUUGCUACCCCUGCCGAUGCUGCUCUCAUGAUGCAGCUUGGUUGCGACGGUGUCUUCGUUGGCAGUGGAAUCUUCAAAUCUGGCAAUGCCGCCGCUCGAGCCAAGGCUAUUGUGAGGGCCACCACCCAUUUUCAGGACCCCAAAGUUCUUGCCGACUGCAGCGAAGGUCUUGGCGAGGCCAUGGUGGGGAUCAACUGCGGCACCAUGGCUCCUCAGGAGAAGCUGGCUGGUCGGGGUUGGUAA